GAUGAACUGAAAUAACAUUAUCAAAUUGACCAUAACAUACUUGGUAGAGAGGACUCGAAUUCAAGACAAUUCUUUAUUGACUUUAAAGAGGAGCUUUGAUUAACACGAAGGACAGUGCAUCAAGCUUUAGAAAUACUACCUUCAAACAUCUUCAAUGUAUCCUUGGUAUUGCUCAAUCCUUACCCUUUUCUUUUUAUUUGAUUCCAUAACCUGUGCAUCCACCAACACUUCUUCUUCUUCUUCAACUGAGAAGAGUAAAAUUCUCCUCAACUGUGGAUCUGCUGAAUCUGUAUCAUUCAAUGGAAAAAAUUGGACUGGUGAUAGAGGCUCAAAGUUUAUGCCUCCAGAUUAUGAGAGAUCAACAACAAUUUCUGUAGCUUCAAGUCCAUUAAUUCAUGUGCCUAAGAUUCCAUAUUCUACUGCACGCGUAUUCCAGUCGCACUUUUCCUAUGCUUUCCCCUUUUCUCCCGGCUUCAAAUUCAUCCGGCUUCACUUUUAUCCAUCGUCAAGUUACUUCAACGCUCGUUUUUCAGUGGUUUCUGGCCAAUACACUCUUUUAAACAACUUCAGCCCUCAUAUUAUGGCUGAGACUUUACAAUCGCCUUAUUUUACAAAAGAUUUUGUUGUUUACUUGAAAGAUAACAUAUUGGAUAUCUCUUUUAUCCCAUCAUCAUCACCCAGAGGAGCUUAUGCCUUCGUCAAUGGAAUAGAAAUCUACAACUUUCCAUCCAAUUUCUACAAUUAUGCAUCCGUUAGUCGUAAGCCAGCCUUCGAGAUACUUCAUAGAGUAAUUAUGCGUACACCAGGUUUAUUAUCUGACAAUAAAGAACAGUGGCAAUGGAUAGAUGACUCCAGCUUUAUUUUUGGUAAUUCUACUAGAGGCAGUCUCAUUUAUGCAUAUGCAACGAUAAAGGUGCUUUGGGGAUAUAUGUCUGAGUAUGCUGCACCCACGUUUCUGUACGACUCAGCCCGGACAAUGGGCAGUGAUGAUGCUGUUAACUUGAGCUACAACCUCACAUGGAGAUUCCUUGUCGAAACGGGUUUCAAAUAUCUUGUUAGGCUUCAUCUUUGUGAGAUUUCUUAUGACGUAACAGAGGUUAAUCAGAGAGUAUUUACAGUUUAUAUUAACAAUAGGACGGUGGAGAAAAGUUUGGACGUAAUUGCUCUGGCUGGAGCUCCAUUAGUUGCAAUUUUCAAAGACUAUGUGGUUAUGGUUCCAAAAGAAGAGACAGGAGAAACGAAUCAGAAAUUGUGUCUAGCUUUGCAUCCAAAUUCACAGUCAAAGCCUAAAUUUCAGAAUGCAAUUUUAAAUGGAGUUGAGAUCAUAAAAAUCAGUGAUGCAAACAACAACCUUGCUUCAAGCAUUCAAUCAAGAAUUGAAAAACCAAACAACAAGAUUCGACUCAUUAUGAUAAUCAUCGGAUGCGUUGUAGUUUGUUCUGGUGGGACUUUAAUUUUAUGUUUCAUACUUUACCGGCGGAGAAAAAUGAAUUCAGAUGACCAUUCAAAAGUAUCAGCUAUACCAUCAACCUGGCUCUGUUACCAAUUUAAAUUGUCAGAUAUCAAACUCGCCACCAACAAUUUUAGUGAAGCUCUAGUGAUCGGUGAGGGUGGUUUUGGUAAGGUUUACAGAGGUUCAAUAAAUGGAGGUACCACUCAAGUUGCUAUAAAGAGAAAAGGUCCAAAGUCUCAACAAGGGAUGCAGGAGUUUCUAACUGAAAUUGAUUUGCUUCCAACAAUUCAUCACAUGAACUUAGUCUCAUUACUUGGUUUUUGCCAAGAACACAAUGAACUAAUUCUAGUCUACGAGUACAUGCCAUGUGGCACUCUCCGCGAUCAUCUAUACAAGGGAAGUAACAAUCCACCAUUGUCAUGGAAUCAAAGGCUCAAGAUUUGCAUUGGUGCAGCUCGAGGAUUACAUUAUCUUCAUUGCGGAACAAAGAAUUCGAUUAUUCACCGCGACAUUAAGUUUUGA